UGGGUUCACCGUUCGUCACCCUCACCCUCACCCGCAGCAGCACCAUUCCAAUUUCCAUGGCACUCUCCUUUCGCCCCGUCAUCCACCCCCGCGUCACCGACCGGUCACUCUUUCAGUUCCUCCCACCCAAGCCUCCCCCUCUUCCAACUUCGCCACCUCCCUCCGUUCUCCUCCCCCUCUCGCGUCGCCGCGGCGGCUUCCUUCCCUCCUGCCUCUCCGACGACGCCGUCUCCACCCGCAACUUCGACCGCGGCUUCACCGUGAUCGCCGCCAUGCUCCGCCGCAUCGAGCCCCUCGACAACUCCGCCAUCUCCAAAGGCGUGUCCCCCGCCGCCAGAGACUCCAUGAAGCAGACCAUCUCCACCAUGCUCGGAUUGCUACCCUCCGAUCACUUCGCCGUCACCAUCACCGUCUCCAAACACCCCCUCCACCGCCUCCUCUUCUCCUCCAUCGUCACCGGGUACACUCUAUGGAAUGCGGAGUACAGGAUGUCUCUGACAAGGAAUUUGGAUAUAUCAGGUUCCAGGGAUGAGGGGUCAGAUUGUGAAACGCGUUCAGAGGUUUUGGAGGUUAAGGAUGGAGCAAAAACAGUAGGUGAUGAGAAAAUUGAGGUUGUUAAUGAUUUGGAAAGUUGCAGCUGCAGUGGUAACCUGAAAGAAUUUGGAGAUUUGCCUCCUCAGGCUCUGAGUUACAUUCAGCAGUUGCAGUCUGAGUUGACAAGUGUGACAGAGGAACUGAAUGCCCAGAAGCAGGAAAUGAUGCAAUUAGAAUAUGACAAGGGAAAAUGGAACAAUUUGUUGGAAUAUCUUCGGUCUCUGGAUCCUAAUAUGGUGACUGAACUGUCCCGGCCUUCAUCAUUAGAAGUGGAGGAUAUAAUUCACCAACUUGUUCAGAACAUAUUGAGAAGAUUCUUUGUGGAUGAUGGUAGCUCUAGUUUUAUGGAACAAUCAGUGGAAGGAAAUGUAGACAAUCGCGCGGGCAGUGGUGAUGAGCUUAGUAAUACGAUAGCCACUUCUCGUGAUUACCUAGCAAAGUUGCUUUUCUGGUGUAUGUUAUUGGGUCAUCACUUGAGAGGGUUGGAAAAUAGAUUGCAUCUGAGCUGUGUUGUUGGACUAUUGUAGAGAAGGUGAUAGGCAUGUAUAUUCUUUUCUUCCUCUUUUUUCUUUUCACCCCUUCUCCCUUCUCCCUUCUCAUAUAAAUUUUUCUGUUCAAUGAAAAACUGAGUGUGAAAUAAUCACAUGCUCUCCUUGCUUCUGGCACUCUUUCACUUGAUUCAUCAUACCAAGCAUUGAAGCAUACCUCUGUCAUAUAAUAUUUAUGCUUUCAUGAAUAAUGAAGAUAAUCUUACAUUAGAAACAAGAUUGGAUGUGAAUAGAGCACCAUACUCAUUCUACAC